AUGUGGGGCCGAAAUAUUUCCUUGUUCCGAUUUUGUAAUCUGUACUUCCGGGACCAGGUGCUGCCCGACGAGCAGCUACAGCAGUCCGAAGCUAGCGACGCUACCGGGGAUGUGUGGAACUACGUCGUUUUUGUGUCCUUUGUGGUAAUAUCAGCACUGAUACCGAUUCGAAAGCGGCUUUUCCGGCGCAGCACUAACAGCAAGAGCAAGCAGGAUUAUGUGUUCGGUGCGGGCCACAUUUCCACCCUGGCGAUGAUGCUUUCGAUAGCCCGCGGUACGCUAGGCGUCAUCUCGGUGUUGGGCUAUCCGAGCGAGUUCUUCUACCGAGGAUCGGCCAUGUGGGAGUCCCUGUAUGGUGUCAUCACUGCCUACCCAAUCGUAUGCUUCGUGUUCAUACCGGUGUAUUUCGAUCUCGGCAUCACGUCCGUGUAUCAGUACUUAGAGUUGCGCUUUAAUAGUCGUUUGGUGCGUUGUCUCGCAUCGGGAACAUACAUUCUGCGGACGUUGCUGAGCCUAGGCGUGACAAUCUACACCCCAACUGUUGCACUAAACACGAUCAUAGGGGUACCGUACUGGGUCUCCUUGCUUUCCAUUACGGUGAUCAGCAUUUUCUUCAACGCGUUGGGCGGUUUAAAGGCUGCAGUUGCUGCAGACGUCAUCCAAAGCCUCAGCAUGACGGCUAUGCUGGUGGGGAUCAUCAUAUACUGCAGCAUAUCGGUGGGAGGUGUUGGCAAAAUAUUGACAAUCAGCUCGGAAAAUGAUCGUUUCGCGUUUUUCAACUUCGCUGCUGAUCUGCAUCUGCGCGUUACAACGACAUCAGCCUGGCUGGGGGAGCUGUUCAAUUCGCUGAGCUUGCUGGGUUGCCAGCAGAACUUCGUGCAGCGCUACCUCAGCAUGCCGACUUUCAGCCAGAUCCGACGUACGCUGAUGUUGAACAUCCCGGUAGUGAUCUUGCUGUUCUCGUUGCCAUGGUUCGUGGGCAUGGCCAUCUACGCCAUCUACUGGCACUGCGAUCCUUUGAAGGCGAACGUCAUCGCGAAAAUGGACGAAAUAUUGCCGUACUUCAUGGUGGACCGGUUCGAUAGUGUUCCCGGCGUGUGGGGCAUCUUCGUGGGAACGCUGUUUAACGGGGCGCUUACAUUGAACAUCUCCAACAUCAACUCACUGGCCACUGUCACUUGGGAGGAUUUCCUAUCGUUGAUACCGGCGCUUAAAAAGAAGAGCGAAAGGCACCAGUUGAACGUGAUAAAACUCGUGGGCACAAUCUACGCCGUGCUGAUCAUGGGUGUUGGAUUUAUCGUGGGAUUGCUGUCCGGUGUGGUAGAGUCUUCUAUGCUGAUCAUUUCGGCCACUUCCGGUCCACUACUCGGUGUGUUUGUGCUGGCAAUGUUCAUUCCGUUCGCAAAUUGGAAGGGUGCCGCCAUGGGAAUGCUGACGUCGCAUUUAUCGAUUCUAUGGAUCGUCGUUGGAAGGCUCAUCGAAACCAACGUUAGUGAGGCGUUGCUGGACACUUCGAUCGAGGGAUGCUACGCUGAUUUGAUGGCAGAAGAGCAGAGCUCAUCCAACGGGUCGAUGCUAGUCGUUGCGCUAGGGGAAGGUGUUAAUGUGAUCGAGACAACUACUCUGCUCGAUCGAAUCUACUCGAUCACGUUCAUGUACUAUGGUGUAUUCGGAACGGUGCUUACGGUGUUGUCGGGGAUUGUGGUCAGUCUGGCUACAUGGAGUAGCCACGACGUGUACAAUAUGAAGAUGAUACACCCGGCAGUGCGAUGGCUUUACUCUCGAUGUCCAUUUAGUGGCAAACACUUCGGCUCGUUCGAGGUGGCAGCCAGCUCUGCCGUCGUUUGGAAAGAAACAGUUCCAAAAUGUUGAGAUUAGGAGGCUGAUAGUUGUUUGGUAAAUGAUCAAUCAACCACGGAAUGUGAUAGCCAGAUGUAAUAGUUCCUAUAUUUAAGAAUUGUAGCUAG